GCGGGGCCCGAGCGGUUUGCCCGGCGAGCAGACAAAGAGCCCGCGCCCCGCGCCCCGCGCCCGGGCCUCGCGUCCCUCCCACGCGGGGGCCCCGGCUUUGUGUCCGCGCUCUGCAGCGGACUCCGCCCUCCCUGCAGUCGCCAGCCUCGGCCUACAGCGCCCGCGUCAUCAUGAUUGCUAUGAAGGAGAAGAAUAAAACGCCGAAGGACAGCAUGACGCUCUUGCCUUGCUUUUAUUUCGUGGAGCUGCCUAUUGUGGCCUCCUCCAUUGUGUCCCUGUAUUUCCUGGAGCUGACCGACCUGUUCAAGCCGGCCAAGGUGGGCUUCCAGUGCUACGACCGCUCGCUGUCCAUGCCCUACGUGGAGACCAAUGAGGAGCUGAUCCCGCUGCUCAUGCUCCUGAGUCUGGCCUUCGCCGCACCUGCGGCCUCCAUCAUGGUCGGCGAAGGCAUGGUCUACUGCCUGCAGUCCCGGCUGUGGGGCCGCAGCCCGGGGGGCGCAGAGGGCACCAUCAACGCCGGCGGCUGCAACUUCAAUUCCUUCCUCAGGCGCACGGUGCGCUUUGUAGGUGUGCACGUGUUUGGCCUGUGUGCCACGGCUCUGGUGACGGACGUCAUCCAGCUGGCCACCGGCUACCACACGCCUUUCUUCCUAACCGUCUGCAAACCCAAUUACACUCUGCUGGGCACCUCCUGUGAGGCCAACCCUUACAUCACGCAGGACAUCUGUUCUGGCCAUGACACUCACGCCAUCCUGUCGGCACGGAAGACCUUCCCGUCUCAGCACGCCACCCUGUCUGCCUUUGCCGCUGUCUACGUCUCGGUGAGUGACGGCCCCCAGUGCUGUUCCCUGUGCCCAUCUGUGGGCGGUGGCCUAGACCUGACCCUGCCUCUGUUGGCCCAGAUGUACUUCAAUUCGGUCAUCUCGGAUACCACGAAGCUGCUGAAGCCCAUCCUCGUGUUCGCUUUUGCCAUUGCCGCCGGCGUCUGCGGCCUCACGCAGAUCACCCAGUACCGAAGCCACCCCGUGGAUGUCUACGCCGGCUUUCUUAUUGGAGCUGGGAUCGCUGCCUACCUGGCCUGCCACGCGGUGGGCAACUUCCAGGCACCAAGUGCAGAGAAGGUGCCCACGCCAGCUCCUGCCAAGGACGGCCUGCGGGCGCUGACGCAGCGGGGCCAUGAGUCCAUGUAUCAGCAGAACAAGGCUGUCAGCACGGACGAGCUGGGCCCUCCGGGCAGGCUGGAGGGUGUGCCGCGGCCUGUGGCCCGGGAGAAGACGUCUCUCGGCAGCCUGAAGCGAGCCAGUGUGGAUGUGGACCUGCUGGCCCCACGCAGCCCCAUGGGCAAGGAGGGUAUGGUCACCUUCAGCAACACGCUGCCCCGGGUCAACACGCCCUCGCUGGAUGACCCCGCGCGGCGUCACAUGACCAUCCACGUGCCCCUCGAUGCCUCCCGUUCCAAGCAGCUCAUCAGUGAGUGGAAGCAGAAAUCACUGGAAGGCCGCGGCCUAGGACUGCAUGAGGGUAGCCCUGUGCACCUGCGGGCCCCGGCAGAGCCCAUGGCAGAGGAAGAGGAGGAGGAGGAAGAGGAGGAGGAAGAAGAGGAAGAGGAGGAGGAGGAGGAAGGGCCAGUGCCACCUUCGCUCUACCCCACUGUCCAGGCUCGGCCAGGGCUCGGGCCCCGAGUUAUCCUGCCUCCCAGGCCAGGGCCCCAAGGCCUUGUGCACAUCCCCGAGGAAGGGGCGCAGGCUGGAGCUGGCCUGUCUCCCAAGAGCGGCUCAUCGGUGCGGGCCAAGUGGCUGUCCAUGGCGGAGAAGGGCGGGGCCCCCGUGGCUGUGGCUCCGUCACAGCCCCGAGUGGCCAACCCGCCUAGGCUACUGCAGGUCAUCGCCAUGUCCAAGGCAGCAGGGGCCCCCAAGGCUGAGACGGCCUCGUCAUCCAGUGCCAGCUCCGACUCCUCACAGUACCGCUCCCCAUCAGACCGGGACUCUGCCAGCAUCGUCACCAUCGAUGCUCACGCGCCCCACCACCCUGUUGUGCACCUGUCUGCCGGCAGCACGCCCUGGGAGUGGAAAGCCAAGGUGGUGGAGGGCGAUGGCUCCUACGAGCUGGGGGACCUGGCCCCGGGCUUCCGAAGCGGCUGCAAACAGCCUGGCAUAGGCCCGGGGUCCCCAGUCAGUGACGUGGACCAGGAGGAGCCCCGGUUUGGAGGUGUGGCCACUGUCAACCUGGCCACUGGGGAGGGUCUGCCCCCACCAGGUGCAGGUGACGGGGCCAUGGGCGCAGGCAGCCGAGAGUCCACCCUAAGGCGCCAGGUGGGUGGGCUGGGGGAACGGGAAGUGGAGGCCGAGGCCGAGAGCUACUACAGGAGGAUGCAGGCCCGCAGGUACCAGGACUAAGCCUGGCAGGCCUGAUGGGGUGGAGAGGGCUGGGAGCAUCUAAGCACCAAUAAAAAGGUGGUGACAAUA